AUGCCGCUAUCUCUAUCUAUGAACAAGCCAACCAAAACUCAUCUAAUUAGCCACAGAUCAACAUCAAUCUCAAACCAGUUAUGUGUUCGUCAAGCUGUUCAGAGUAUCAAACACAUUAUUAUGCUUGCUCCUAGCACAGCUAGCGCCUCUACAAACCGCAGUGAUCAUUUUAAGGAAAUUAAGCCUGGCAAUGUUGCUAGGCUGUGUCUGCUUCUCUUAAUAGUUAGUUCGAUUUAUGUCUCAGGCAUAAGCACCAACAUAUCCCUAGUUGCUGCACAAAACGAGCUACCCAGCUCCGAUGCAAUGAUUCUAAUGAUGGAGUCAAUGGGUUUUGAAUUUAAAAGCGUGGGGCGGGCACUGAUCGUUAAGUCCUACCACCCCAACGAACCAGAAAAAGUAGGCGGAGCUGACAAUUCAUUGCCAACCCAAUGCAGCUUAGCGGCAUGGGAGACACCCAUUUAUGUGGUCGAAUACCCAACCCAAUAUCUCACCUUUCAUCUACCCGCAUACAUACAUAUACAUAAGGCCCGACUAGUACUAUUUGAGCUAAGAAAGAUCGCGUUUAUUAAGACGAGCCAUGCUACUAUCAAUUAUGCCCAUUCUAACCCAGGAAUAACCUCAAUCAAUUUACAAAUUCUAUCUCGAGUCGUCAACAUGCUAGACUGUAUGGUCCUGGAGCUAUGCUUGGAUCCUCGGCAUCACGAAGAGAUAGCUAAAAGCCCAGAGGAUUUGAAGAAAAUCCAGAUAGAGGCACGCGAUACCGUCAAACAUGCUUCUUACACGCUAAAAUGCCGACUCCAGUUUACAAACAUCCAAAGCAAGGAGCAGCACACAGAAUUGCUACGCCAUGGAAUUAUCAUACAAAGGCCUAUUUCAAGCGUCUAUUUAGAUGAUAACCAAAUCGAUGCCAUUUCUCUCCUUCAGCACGUGUCGCUAAUCAACGGAUAUGAAUUUUCAUUUGAAUGGACGCAUAGCACAUCAGAUAUUGAUCUCAACCUGCUCCAAACACUCCCGGUCAAGUGCAAGCAGCUUUUCAUUAUAGGCCAUCCAGACAGGCCAGGUAUAAGCACAAUAGACGGUCUUGAAAAUGCUAUUAUAAAGCACCCAAAGAUGUCUCUGAAAGCCAGCUGGGCAACCAUCCAGUAUCUCUGCGUGCACAACAAAUCUCUAAUACACGUCCAUACUAUUGAAGGCAUAUUGGUCUCCCAUCUUUCUAACCAGACCGGGCGCCAACCCUCUCAAAACCCAGUCUCUUCUGACUUCCGCAUCUCCGCAUCUCUAGGCAUUAUCACAAUCGACAACAAUCUACCAUGCCAAUCCACAGAUUACUAUAAACUGAUGUACAAACAAGAGGACUUUACCAAACUAGGCAUAUCCUUUGAACAGAUUCAAUUUGACUAUCAGGAAGACCGAGUAGAUUUGUAUGCCACCUUAGAAGCAUUUUACGGCAUCAAAGCGUUGGAUACAAUGCCAACGGAAGUUCUAACAAGGGCGGUUAUAUGUUGCGGAGACAAACUCAGCGAUCCCAACUGGAUGCUUCAAGAAACACUCAAUAUCUGGCUCAACAAGAUCCAAAUAGAUGACAAUCGCCAGAGCUAUAUAUGCUUUGCCACCCGAGACUGCUCAAGCCGUUGGCACAUGCACUUCUGUCGCUGUAUACACUAUACAUGCAUCAGGAUUUCUGGUGGCAACGACUCCGACGAGAAGAAGCCGGUCAAGAAAUGCAUCCUUCUACUAACUGUACUUCAAAGCCUCACGGCCAAAGAACUUAAAAUCUCUAAUAUCCGCAACGAUAAGCAAAUCGAGACUCAGUUUAACAUAUCCGUUCUCAAAUCAAAAAUAGCUAAGUCAACCAAAUGGCAUCUUAACGUCAAAUUCCUGAUACUAGAUAACGUUGACCAACAAAUCAUUUAUUGGAUGCUAGGACAUUACACUUUUACAAACCCAAUCGAAAUAUACCUUCUAAACCAGCACUUCAGCAACCUUGCCAUUGCCGAAGUUCUCUCACUUCCUCAAACCGAGCAAAUCGCAUUACUCGAGAUUAACAACAUUCUGGGACUAAACGAAGUGAUCAAUUUCCAACAAAAAACCAACCAAACCAAUGGAUUCUCAAUAUUCAGAUAUAUAAAGGCAGCAAUGAAACAGCACAAUCCAUCGGGAAGUCUUGACACAUUCAGCUCACUCAGCUCACUCGACACAUUCAACGCACUCAACACACUUAACUUGCACAAACUAUCAUUGCAACUAGGCUGUCUCAACUUUAGCUUAUAUACUAAGCUCAUCCAGAAGCUUGCCAGCUAUAAUAUUCAACUAUCAGCGAUGCCACUAGAAGAUUAUAUCAAAGGCGCCGCAUCAAACCCCAUUGCCAAUCUAGCAGUACACAAAAGACUGUUUACGCUCUAUAACAUUACUCUAGCGGCCCUAGAAGCCGGCCUCAAGGCCCACCAGACUCCAACCAGGACCCAACACCGACCACUCCCUACUCUCCUCCGACAAUCCGUCGAGGAAUUACGACUGGAGUUCUCUCGCCGCCAAUCCCUAAACGAGCCAGACUUGAUAACAAUUAUCCGCUGGGUAGCUUGCUUAUUUAAGGAUCUGGUUGCAUUACGACUAGCCAAUGUCAGGCUGACAUGUCGGGCAACAUUUGCACUGAGAUCUCACAAAUAUUGGGUUUAUGGCCUAUGCACGCUUGCCAAUAUUUACAUAGAAAUUGACCUGUUCUCGCAAAAGCAUGUUAGAUUACCAAUCCAACUGUAUAGCCAUGCCAUGGUGUCAAAUGUCUUUAAUUACCGGCCCGAACUCACCGCAAUAUCAUCGGCAACCUUGCUCCGGUUUAUUGCCUUUAUCGACCAAAUCGACAAGUUUGUCUCGAAUCAUGCCUUUCCCAAAGCAUCCCUCAAAAUGAUCGUAAAUUCCAUUAAGGAAAACAAGACUGAUUUCGAAUGUCCCGUUUGUUUCCGGGUUCUUGGUAUGGUCCCUAGCGAAAGAGGAUGGAAAAACAUAUCCUGUUUCCUAACUUCAUCGCCCACCCACAACUUAUAUAACUCAAGCGACAACUUCGCAGCACUUUGCUAUCUCAAAUGCGGGCACCGCAUCUGCAAUGAGUGCAUACCCAAGAUGAAAAAGAUGCCGAGCACUCAAUGUCCCACCUGCCGUACACCAAACGUCUACGACAAUCCCCACCGGCUCAUCGGCAUUCCUCUAUCUAGGUUUAUCUUUGCCGAAGACAGUGUUAAAACACUCCACCCCAACCCCGACCAACUCAAUGCCUAUACAUGGGACAAUGAGCAAAUCUAUUUCUACAUACCCUAUAGCCAGAUAGACAACCUUCUCCGCGGCCUUGAUAAAAACCCAAACCAUGACGUUCCCAAGGAAGUAAGCGUCAUCUAA